AUGAUUGUACCUGACGAUGAAAGCUUCCAAAGAAAACAGGACAAAGAAAGCAUUAUUCGGUUGCUUCUGCAAUCAAGCAGCAGCAGUGUGGUUCUGAUAGCAGGGAUGUUCGGGGUGGGAAAAACUGCGCUAGCCCAAAUGGUCAAGAAUGACUCAUCAAUACAAAGUCAUUUUGAUCACAGAUUAUGGGUUCCUGUGUCGGGGGAUUUCAAUCUCAUGAAGGUUUUAUGCUCAAUGAUCUUAGACCUGCAGCUUGAGCAAAUCAAAGAGGACAGAUCAUUUUAUUCUCCUCCAUUCCCUGAGCAGCAAUAUACAAGGCUGUUUAUGGGCUUGUGCAAGGAGAGAAGGGUUCUCAUCGUGCUUGAUGACUUAUGCAAUUUUGUGAAGCCUCAAGAUUGGGAAGAUUUCCAAUCUCUCCUCCUUGAUCCCUCUUGUGUGUUUGCCGUUCUCAUUACCACCCGCAACCCAAGAGUUUCCUUUAUAGUUGCUUCUCUUAGUAGGAGCACUACUGCUUCCUACUAUUUGCAACAGAUGUCUGAUGAGGAUUGUGGGUUGAUCCUGCAGAAAAAAGCUGAUAUUGCAGCUGUCAACAAGUGA